AUGGGAUCAACUUAAAAUUGCUUUAAACAAUAAAAUCUCAAUUCAAAUGAAUUUUAGAUUCCUGUUAUAGUAAAAUAAUAACUUAUUCAACAUCAUCCAACAAAAUAAAAUUAUCUUAUCGAACCCUUAUAUUAUUUAGGUGAAAAAUCAGAAUCUUUAGAAUAACUUGAAUUUAUUCUUUAGCAAUCUAAUGCAAACAUAAGUCUUAAUUAAACUGCAACAUUUUGUAGUAAUAGUAACUAAAGAUGUUUUUAAUUAGAAAAAUAACCUAAUUCUAUAACUUUACUGCCCAGUCAGUAAGAAUAACAAUAAAAAUAAAAAAUUAACUAAAAAGAUAAUUAAUAACAAAUCCAAUAUCCAAACCUACUAUUAAAAUAGCAUAAAUAAAAUAGUGAAAGGGAAGUAAAAAUGAUUUCUUAAUCUUAAAAAAAAAAAUCAAUUAGCAGAAGUUUAAGUAAUUUUAAACAAUAAAAAAUGGAACAGAAAGAAUAUUAAGUAAAGAGAUAAAUAGAAUAAGAUUGUAAUACUAUUAAAAGUAUUUUAAAGAAUAAAUUAUUUGUUGAAAAUCAAAAAUAAAUUAAAUAUAAAAGAGGAUAGAGUUUAAUAUAAAAAUCAAAUCUGGUAGAAAUCUAUGAUAACCAAUCACAAAAUACAAGCAAAAUUUAAAAGAAAAAAGUAAAAUUUGAUCCAAAAAUCUUGCGAUAAAAAAAUGAACAUUUUUUUUAAUGA